GGUAUAUCCCAUUAUCACGAGACUCUUGGAGAGGCUCUUCAGGGCGUGGAACUCGAGUUCUCCGGUCUUAACAUCGACUUCAAAGCAAAUGUGGGACAAACACCUUAUUGUGAGGUUCAGCUGAACGAAGAGAAACUUCAGGAAUUCAUAUAUGCGGUGAAGAACUACUACUGGUAUCAGAUGUAUAUCGACGAUAUGCCCAUUUGGGGGAUCGUCGGCGAAGUGGAUGAGAACGACAACAGCUAUUACUUGUGGACACACAAGAAGCUGGACAUCGGCUACAACGGCAAUCGGAUCGUCGACGUGAACCUCACGAGUGAAGUGAAAGUGAAAUUAGAGCCAAACAAGAAGAUUGCGUUCACUUACGAA